AUGUCGACAUCUUCAUCAUCACUACAAACCUCGGUGUCACCCAUGCUGAAGCAAGCUGCUGUGGUAUGGCCUAGUUUCCUCACCACUUAUCUCAUGACCAUAAUUGCUACAUACUUAACUAGGGUGUGGGAGAUUAGCAUCACAAACGCUGCUGCAAUCGUCAAUAUCUACUGGGGUGUGGUGGGCAUAUUGCCAUUGGCCUUGAAGCUAAUUGUGGAUGCUUUCAUUGGUAGCUAUUGGAUGAUCUUCAUGUCCAAGGUUGCCUUCAUCACUAUCGCGUGA